CGAUUUCGAAACUGGAAUACGAUCCUUACGAAUCCAAGAAGUGAGACUAUGGAAUUGUCCAUUUUAGCAGUUUGUAUCGUAUUACUAUUUGUACAACAUCUUGCAGCAGAAGCACGAAUCCACAAGUCCAAAAUCCCACAAGAAAUGCAUAAAUAUUCACUGCACGAGUUGAUGAAUAGUGAUGUUUCAAUCGAUAUUUCGAAGGGUGAAUCCAAAUCUCCAUUUUGUGUAUAUCCUCCGCUCUCCCACGAUCCACCUUCUCCGUCCCUGCCACCACCCACCACCCCAAAAAGCCUACCUUCACGCUUCCGACCACCACCACCAGCUUAUACAAAGCCUGAGCAUGCUGUUUGGUGCGUCGCCAAGCCAACAAUACCCACUUCAUCAAUUCAACAAGCUUUGGAUUAUGCGUGCGCCUCAGGCGCCGAUUGUGAGCCUAUUAAGCUUAAUGGAUUCUGCUACCAGCCGGAUACAGUAUUAUCUCAUGCAUCCUACGCUUUUAAUAGUUAUUGGCAAAAGACUAAAAACAGUGGAGGAACUUGCGACUUUGGAGGCACUGCAAUACUUGUCACUGUUGAUCCAAGUUAUGAUCGAUGCCAUUUCAUCUACAGUUGAUAGUCUAUUUAAUCCAUAUAUGCAUAAAAUCUGAAAAAAAAAAAAAGUGAUUCUAUAUAAUCGAUAAUAAUUCACAAGUAUUGUAUUAUUUAAGUCGUGGCUUUUUUUAUGGAGAAGACAUGAAAUUCUGUUGUGUAUUCCGAUUUCUUUUUCUGUUGAUUUAGAAAGUCUU